UAUAUCCCAUAUCCAGGCUCCGCCUCCGCAUGCGUGGAGCCUGGUUCUCCACCCGAACCACAGACAAUGGCUCUCUCUCUCCUCCCUUGCGGCCAGCUCAGGACUUGCUUCCCUCUUAUCUCGAAUUCCCAUUUUACGGUCAGCAAUUCCUCUCCAUUCCCACCUUUUCCUCCUUCGAAGAAAAGUCACCGGAGAACAAACAGGCUUCUUCGCUGGAGCAAAAAGGAGAAGAUGUGUGCUUUGUGGAGAAAGAAAGAGGAGAGGGUUUCUAGGGUAUCUGAGAGGAGAAGAGAUGGGAUUUCGAGGGUUUGCAGUUUUGGAGGCGAGGAGACGGGUGAAGGAAUCCAGAGUGUAGAAGAUGAAGAUGAGGAAGAAGCAGAAGAGACGAUGAAGGCUUCCGUUGCGCCGGAGAGAUGGGAUGUUUUGGGUCUUGGACAGGCCAUGGUAGAUUUUUCUGGUGUUGUCGAUGAUGCUUUCCUAGAGAGGUUGGGUUUAGAAAAGGGGACAAGGAAGGUUGUUAACCAUGAAGAGAGAGGUAGAGUCUUGCAGGCAAUGGAUGGUUGCAGCUACAAGGCUGCUGCCGGGGGGUCUCUUUCGAACACACUGGUUGGUCUAGCAAGGCUAGGUAGUCAGUCCAUUGGAGGUCCUGGCCUGCAUGUUGCCAUGGCUGGCAGUGUAGGUAGUGAUCCUUUGGGUGGGUUUUACAGGGCAAAACUGCGUCGAGCAAAUGUGGAUUUUCUCUCUACACCGGUGAAAGAUGGAACAACAGGGACGGUUAUAGUCCUCACUACACCAGAUGCCCAGCGAACUAUGCUUGCAUAUCAGGGCACUUCUUCAACUGUUAACUAUGAUUCUUGCUUGGCUGGAUUGAUCGCCAAAACAAAUAUACUUGUCAUAGAAGGGUAUUUGUUUGAAUUUUCUCACACGACAGAAACCAUUUUGGAAGCAUGUGAGGAUGCCCACAAGAACGGUGCUCUUGUUGCUGUUACCGCAUCCGAUGUAUCAUGCAUUGAGAGAUAUUAUGAUCACUUUUGGAAAAUUAUAGGAAACUACGCAGACAUUGUCUUUGCGAACAGUGAUGAAGCGAGAGCCUUGUGCCAAUUCUCCUCAAACGAAAGCCCUGCUUGUGUCACGAGGUACUUGAGCCAUUUUGUGCCCCUGGUCUCAGUCACAGAUGGCCCAAAAGGCUCUUACAUUGGUGUAAAAGGUGAAGCUGUGUAUAUAUCUCCUACCCCGUGCGUGCCUGUGGACACGUGUGGAGCCGGCGAUGCAUAUGCUUCCGGCUUUCUAUAUGGUAUUCUAAGAGGAGUCUCGGACUUGAAAGGUAUGGGCAUGUUAGCGUCUAGAGUAGCAGCAGUCGUCGUUGGCCAGCAGGGAACACGUCUCCGGGUUCAAGAUGCAAUCAAGUUGGCAACGUCAUUUGCUGAUCACCUUGAGAGCUCCAAGGUCCACUCUGAUGUAGGAUCAGAUCAAAUUUCCAGCGUCUGAUUGGAUCAGAUUCCCUCUACUAUAGAUUUUGAUUUCUUCUACUUGUAGUAAAUUCUUUUAGCAUUGCAGUUUAGCUUGUAACCUUGUCUACAUUUUUCUUAUAUGUAUGUUGUCCUUCAGUUUCUCA